AACCUCUUUGUUUUCCAGCUCCUUGCAAGUGUUCAUUAAUAGCACAGCGAGCAGAACUCUGUACAUCAAUGAAAAACUACCAGCAAGCUCUCCAUGACGCAGAAGUCCUCUGCCGAAACAAACCCCACUGGCCUGCGGGUCAUUAUGUGAAAGCGAAAGCUCUUUCUGGAUUGGAAAGGACUGAGGAAGCAUUGAAGGAGUUUCUCUACUGUGUUGCCUUAAAUCCUGAAUGGAGCUCGAUGAAGAAAGAAGCCCAAAAGAUAAUGUGUGAGAUGUUUUUCCCAGCCUUUGAAAAUGUGCAUGAUAGUCUAACAGCACCUUUCUCUAGUCGAACAUCCUAUACAAGAUUGAAACCUGCAUUUUUGAGUAGCAUAAACACACAGUCAGCUGCUGAAGAUAGCUCUAUUGCUGGGUCCUCAAAGGAUACUGUGUUCAGGUUAACAAAAACCCCGUCCCAAGAAUCUGAUGUAUUUAGAAGCACUGAUUCUUCUGUUUCCCAUCACGUACUCUAUUUUGAAGACAACAAGAAGUCUUUGGGAGCUAUUCUCUCCAGUUUACCUGGGGUUGGCUUAAAAAGAAAGCUGUCCAGUGAUAUGAGGGAUUUACAAAGCUUGGAUGUCCCUAAUAAGAUUCCUAAAAAAGAUGCAGAUGUUUUACCUGAAAACCCUGCCAUCACUUCGAGUGAGAUACCAACAACCCUUGUGGAUGCUUCCGACUUUGAGUGUUCCCUCUGCAUGAGGUUGUUCUACGAACCUGUUACCACUCCCUGUGGACAUACGUUUUGCCUCAAAUGCCUCGAGCGUUGCCUUGACCAUAACCCCCAUUGUCCACUCUGCAAAGAAAAGCUGUCAGAAUUUCUGGCAAGCAGAACUUACAAAAAGACCGUCCUUACAGAAGAACUCAUAAUCCGUUACUUGCCAGAGGAGUUGUCUGAAAGGAAAAAAGUUCAUGAGGAAGAAAUGAAGGAAUUGUCAAAUUUGAAUAAAGAUGUUCCCAUCUUCGUAUGUACCAUGGCCUUCCCUACCAUCCCUUGCCCACUUCACGUCUUUGAACCUCGUUAUCGUCUAAUGAUAAGAAGAUGCAUGGAAACUGGUACCAAGCAGUUUGGCAUGUGCUUAGCUGAUGAAUUGAAAGGAUUUGCAGAUCAUGGCUGUAUAUUAGAGAUCAGGGACGUAAAGUUUUUUCCUGAUGGGCGCUCAGUUGUUGAUACAGUUGGUGUCCGUCGUUUUAGGGUCUUAAGCCAUGGCCAGCGAGAUGGAUAUAACACAGCAAACAUCGAAUAUCUUGAAGAUAAAAAGGUUGAAGGACCAGAAUAUGAAGAACUUGUCCGCCUUCAUGAUUCAGUUUAUGAUCAAGCCGUUGCCUGGUUUACUUCUCUUAAAGACAAUAUGAAAGUGCAAAUUCUCAAUCAUUUUGGGUCCAUGCCAGGAAAAGAACCAGAGCCACAGAGCAACCCCAGUGGUCCUGCCUGGUACUGGUGGCUCUUGGCAGUUUUGCCACUGGAAAACAGAGCUCAGCUGGCUAUACUGGCUAUGACUUCCCUUAAAGAUCGUCUUAUUGCCAUCAGACGCGUGUUGAUAUUUGUGACUCGCAAAAGACCCAGAUAACAUGGACUUCAGUUGUGAGCGGGCACUGACAACAUCUCAUGAUAGGUUGUUUGGGGGGUGGAGGGGGAGGUUUUUUUUUUUUUUAAAGGCAUCUUUCAAAAAUGAACAGCCCUUUCUGACUGUGUCCAGCAUCCAUCCAUUACAUCGGUUUGUUAUUCUGGGGAUUCACCAAACUUUGCACUCUAUCCUGUUGUCCUGGUGAAAUCUGAGCCUCUGCAAAGCUGUGCUGCAGUUAGAACGUAGCUGGUAGAUGUGGAUAAUUGCUUCAAAGUGCUAUAAUAGAGUUGAUGUUUCUAGCCUGUGAGAGAGUUACGUACUAGAACAGCACCACUGGCCAACGUGCGAAUUGGAUUUCCACUUAGUAGGAAAAGGAAUCUGGACGGUGGACUGAAGAGUUGUUUCUUAGACUUUCUUGAAGGUGGUCAGUAGAAGAGGAGUAACGCGUCCGCAGUAGAAGAACGCAUGAAGACUAUAAAGAGCAGUACGCUCUGUUAGUGAAUUGGUAGGCAGUCUGUUGUACACCCACAUCUCUCUUUUUCAAGAAAAAUCAGUCUGUGAGGAAAAAAAAAAGCCAUUUGUGGUCAAGGCAUCUGAAGAUGUUUAUCUGAAAGAAUAAUAGCUACUGAAUAAGUGUCCUAUUUGGUAGCCUUAGGUAAUCCCUUGUGUUGUGAUUUAUGUGUUGUAACGGAUUGAGUAUGUACAAAAUGUUUGAAGAGUAGUACUUUGGUUUAUUUAAAAAAAAAAAUCAAAGUAAUCCUAGCUGGUCUUAUCACUAAAUUCAAAUCAAACCAGCUCCCUACAGUAUGGUAAACGCUGCUGUGAAAUGAUUUCAUUCCAAGUACUAGGAAGGCAUGCUGUGGUUCUCUUUGCACGCGUGUCCUGCAAGAGGAACUGACUGGGAUAAAACCUGGGGAAGCUUCGUCUCCCAUCUUGUCUGCAGUGCCAUGCCGACAUAAUGUUACCUUGGAAUGGCCUCUGUUAGAACAUAUUUCAAACCAAAAGUAUUGUAGUUUAGUACCAGUUGCUAUAUGUGGUGGAAAUCAGUCCCAAUAACACCGUGAGAAGAGGCACAAACCGAACACUAAAAGGCAAGUCUCAAUGCAAACUUAAGUCAGGUGUUAAACUUCAUUUAUGUUUUUGAUUUUUUUAUAUAUAUUUUGUUUUUCUCUAACUUUGAUAGCUAUUAAAUUGGUUGCUUGUCAGUCAAAUGAUCAACUUUUGUUUAAAUUGCCAGUGAAAUAACUAACAGUGCUACCAAUUCAAUUGGCAUAGUUUCCUACAAGUAGAAUUGAUACUACCAACAGGAAAAAAGUUGACUUGAAUCUCAGUGUGCUGCAAGCAUAAGCCAAUUUGAAGACUUGUUCGUGUGCAGAAGUCUGAUAAGAUGAAAUGGCUGUUUACCUACAUGGUCAAAGUGCCUGGUUUCUUUUUUUUUUUGUUCAUUUGUCCUUAUUUGUCAAUGAAGAUGUAUUUUGUUUUUGUUUUCAAUUUGCACAUGAGUUCUGGAAGAAGACUGCAUUAAAAUGCAGCAAUUAAGAUAUAUUACCUGCUCUCUUUGGGUAUUGUAGUUAUAACCUGUGUGGUCUGGGAAACAAAAAUACUGAGUUUUUUUCCUUUCAGCAAAUGGCUACCACAAAUGGUUUCUGUAACAUACCCUGAAUGUACUGUAACUGCCUCUACCUUGAACACGCCUUUUCUAUUUAAAUAAUUUGUAAGUAUGUUCUCUGAAUUGUGAAGUGUGUAAUUUACAACCAAUGAUAUAAUAACUAACCUCUACAGUAGCCUUCUGCAAGUUUUGCUACCAUCACCAAAAUACUAAAAAAAGAAGCUGAAAACAUUUCCUCCAGGAUUCAAAGAUGAUGGAGAGAAAGUCAGUGGGAAUUUCUAGAGGAUUGUUCUGUAGAUGGGGGAGGAGAUGUCAGAAGUCAGUGGUUCAUAAGCCCACUAUCAACUCAGCUACCAAAGGAUGGUUUGGCAAACUAAGUCUCAGACCAGAAAAUGGACUGUAGUAGAUCUUGCAAUCCUUUCUGUUCAACUGCCCAUUCUUCUCAUUGCUUUCUGUGCUAUGUAUUUCUUCUAGAUUCUCAUCUCAUUCUCCCCUCCUUCAAGUGUCUGGCCUAGUUUUGAGUAUUAGUAUUAAUAGUUUGGCUGCAAAGGGACACUGAUGGUAUUUGUAUAUUGCUGGUCCCUGAUCUUACAUGUGCUUAAUUUUACAUAUAGGAGUGCAUUUAAGGAAAAAAAAAAAAAAUCAAGGUGCUAGUUAGUGUCUUCUUGGCUUUGCCUCAGUAACUAAUGUGAAUAUUUUUCUUUGCAAAAGUGAUUUUUCAAGGUAUCUACUAUUGAGGUACUUCUAAGAGGAAACCCUACAGAAUGGAAGUUCUUUAUUGCGGUUCUGUAAUGUAUAAAGAGACAUUUUACAUGGAAAGUGACAUUGUUAUCUUUAUGAAGGCCUGCAUAGUUAAUGGAGUGGUAUUUUUUGAAGAGAAACCUGAACUGUAGAGGGAUUUUUUUUAGUAAAGGUUUAAAACAGUUUUUGAAUAUUUCAGUGACUGAUGUUUUGGAUAAAUGAUGCAACUUAGGAAUUGUCUGUGUGUGGAUGCAAAUAACAGAUUAGCAGCCCAAAGCUGACAUUUCUUCCAAAACAUUGAAUGCUGAUCAAAUAGAAAAGCUUUAAUAAAAACAAUCACCACUACUUGGUGGUACUUGCUUUCUAAGGGAGAGUACCAGUUUCAUUGCUACCAAAUUAUAUCUGCCGUGUAAUCGCUACAGCAUCCAGUAGUACCUCAUUGGAAAAGUUAUCUAUCUCAUUUCUCUUUUGGCUGGAGGAAAUACCGACGUUACAGCCGUUCUGCGCUUUUGUGUAACUUGUCACCAAGGUACAUGUGGAAGCAUGGAGCUGAGCUCCUGGAAGAGAUAGACAGAAUUUGUUGCCUUUCUAACUCAUUACACUUUUCUUGCUUGCUGUCCAAGCAAGGAUGCUGGGAUAUAUGAUGAGUCUCUUCACUGUGGUGAAUGUGGCCCUUCUUUAUACAUCAUAAAGAGGCCUCCUGAAAAAAAAUCCCUCUACCUCUACACCUGUUGUUCACCUGUAAAGCUUCAAGCUACAAAAUUAUAUAUAUUUUAACCUUUUUUUUGUCUUUCAGAAGCAUACUAAUUGUUUGCCACUGAGGCCUUUUAUCUACUGUAUUUUAAUAUGUUCAUUUGAUAGUCAUCGAGAUCUCUUUGUACUUCUAACCUGUUGAUCUUGUCAUGUUUCUUACUGCUCCUUUUUCCUUGUUCUCCAGUCCACUUUUAAAUUGAUAAAUAGAAAGCUGUACACUCUCUAUUCUAUUACAUUUUACACUAGUGGAACUGGUAUUUUGGUAGCGCCUUAAUUUUCCAGUUGUGAAAUGAUUGUAUCAACUCUUGUCUGGGGCUUCUGACCAGAUUUAAAUGAGUAUGUUUAAUGUAGAUAAACUUGAAACCAUUUUUUACUGUUUUAAAGCUAGUUAUGAAAUGGAGUGUGUACAUAUGUAUAAAUAUAAAUUAUUAAUCUGCACCUUUUUUUAUCUAGUAAAUACAGAAGUUCAUGUUCUAACCACAUUUGGCACUUCUUGUUGCAUAAGCAAAGCCAAACCUUUUUUUAAAAAUUGCAAUGUUCAUUUCAUGUAUAUUUGCAAUAUUCAUGGGAAAUGUAUUUAAUUUAUGUGAUAUUUGGAAUAAAACAGAUUGAAUUUAUAAG